AUGUCAACUCACACCUCCUCCAUUCCUUCCUCUUCGCCCACUUGGCAAGCCAGUAAAGUUCGAUCUACUUUUAUCUCGUAUUUUGAACAGCAUGCUCACAAGUAUAUACCGUCUUCCUCGACCAUACCGUUUGAGGAUCCAACUUUACUUUUUGCUAAUUCUGGUAUGAAUCAGUUUAAGAAUAUUUUCUUGGGGACUGUUGAUCCAAACUCCGAGUUGGGAAAGUUGAAGAGGGCUGCAAAUAGCCAAAAAUGUAUUCGAGCUGGAGGUAAACACAACGAUUUGGAAGAUGUAGGCAAAGACGUGUAUCAUCAUACGUUCUUUGAAAUGUUGGGUAAUUGGUCUUUCGGAGAUUACUUUAAGAAAGAAGCUAUUGAAAUGGCGUGGGAAUUACUUACGAAAGUAUAUGGAAUUCCGAAAGAUCGCUUAUAUGUGACGUAUUUUGAGGGAGAUGAGAAAUUAGGAUUGCAGCCCGAUCUUGAGGCCAAGAAAUUAUGGCUUGAUGUUGGUGUUGAUGAGACGAGGUUGGUUCCUGGUAAUAGCAAAGAUAACUUUUGGGAAAUGGGAGAGACGGGUCCUUGUGGGCCGUGUUCCGAAAUUCACUACGAUCGUAUUGGUGGCCGUAAUGCUUCACCACUAGUAAACAAGGACGAUCCUAACGUGUUGGAAAUCUGGAAUCUCGUAUUCAUGCAGUUCAAUCGUGAAUCCGAUGGCUCACUGCGACCGUUGCCCUCGAAACAUAUUGACACAGGAAUGGGGCUUGAACGUGUAGUGUCUGUCCUCCAGAAUGUCAAUUCCAACUAUGAUACGGAUAUAUUCCAACCAAUAUUUUCUCGUAUUCAAGAAUUAACAAGCGCCAGACAGUAUAGUGGUAAGGUCGGAUUGGAGGAUACGGAUGGUAUGGAUAUGGCGUACAGGGUCGUUGCAGAUCAUGUGAGGACGUUGACAUUUGCUAUAUCGGAUGGCGGAGUACCAAGUAACGAAGGUAGAGGUUAUGUAUUGAGAAGAAUAUUGAGGCGAGGAGCAAGAUUUGCCAGGGAUAAGUUUAAGAGGCCACUUGGAACAUUCUUUUCCAGCUUGGUUGACACUGUAGUUGAAGAAAUGGGGGACGCUUUCCCAGAAAUCAGACUUCGUGUUUCUGAGGUUAAAGAAAUUCUUAAUGAAGAAGAGGAAUCGUUCUCUCGAACAUUAGAUCGCGGAACGACUCUCUUUAAUCAAUAUCUUACGAAAGCCAAGAAUGCCAAUCUAACUAAACUACCAGGAGCAGAUGUAUGGAGGUUGUACGAUACAUAUGGGUUUCCAGUGGAUCUUACUCGUCUCAUGGCCGAAGAGAAUGGAUUAGGUGUCGAUGAAGAAGAAUUUUUGAGAGAACAGGAGAAGGCUAGGGAAUUGAGUCGUGCUGCUAGAGGUGGUGGCGAAAACGAUGGGGAAAACGUUGUAAUGGACGUACAUGACAUUGCAAAGAUUGAACGAAUGGAGAGCAUCCCUGCUACCGAUGAGCAGUAUAAAUAUUUGGCUGGUAAUAUUUCGGCUAUUGUCAAGGCAUUAUAUCAUGAACAUUCCCUUUUUAAUUCGAGCAAUGAUAUAUCCGCUGGAAAACGUUUUGGUAUUAUUCUUGAUCGAACAAAUUUCUAUGCCGAAGCUGGUGGACAGCAGUAUGAUACUGGGUCAAUUAUCGUCGAUGGACAGGCUGAAUUUGUUGUUGAGGAUGUACAACAGUAUGGAGCAUACGUAUUGCAUGUUGGCUAUUUAAAAUAUGGAGAUUUGAAUGUUGGGGACGAAAUAAUCGCUACUUAUGAUGAGUUGCGUCGUUGGCCAAUAAGAAAUAAUCAUACGGGAACGCACAUACUUAACUACGCACUGAGGGAAGUACUCGGGUGGGGGGUUGACCAGAAAGGUUCACUUGUUGCUCCCGAGAAACUUCGAUUUGAUUUCUCUCACAAGAAACCUGUUACUGACAACGAACUCGCAACAGUAGAACAGAUCUCGAAUGAACUCAUACAGAAGAACUACAAAGUGUAUACUAGAGAUAUUCCACUUACCCUAGCAAAGUCGAUUAACGGUCUUCGAGCUGUGUUUGGUGAAGUGUAUCCAGAUCCAGUUAGAGUCGUAUCAAUAGGAGUAGAUGUAGACGAAAUACUGGAUGAUGCCACAAACCCUCAGUGGAAAGAGUUCUCUGUUGAAUUGUGUGGUGGAACGCAUGUCGUGAAGACAGCGGACAUUAAACAACUUGUUAUCAUAGAGGAAAACGGUAUCGCAAAGGGAAUACGACGCAUUGUCGCUGUAACUGGAGAAGAUGCUAUACAGGCUGUCCGUCUCGCUGACGAGAUCCAGACAAAACUCGUUCACAUUCAAACUUUGUCUGGUACCGGUCUCGACAAUGCCUUAAAAGAAUUCACAAGAGAACUCGAUGCAUCAACUAUAUCCGCAUUGAAAAAGGCACAGUUACGAGAAGUGGUUGGAGCAUUACGAAAGAAGCUUGUGGAGGCUGAUAAAGCACAAAAUGCUGCACAGACUAAAGAGAUCAUUGAUACCAUAGAUAAGUACUUUCAAGAAAAUCCGAACCAUCAUUUUGUGGUAAAGUUAUUCUCUGUUGGCUCAAAUACAAAGGCACUUUCGGGAGCGAUCACUUACGCGAAACAGAACCUUCCAACAAAGGCUCUUUAUCUUUUUUCUGUAGAUCAAUCAUCAGGUCGAGUAAGCCACAACAAUGUAGUUAGCAAAGAACUAGUUUCACGCGGGUUGAAGGCAAAUGAGUGGGCUAAGUCAGUUACAGAUGUCAUUGGUGGGAGGUCAGGUGGAAAGGACGUAUCUGCACAAGGAAGUGGGGUUAACGUAAACAAGAUCGAUGAAGCUUUGAAAGUCGCUCAGCGAUUUGCUGAGCUGAAGUUGAAUGCAUAA